AUGUACCUUCUAGUGACAUCGUUCAAAUUUCAUUUAUUCCUGUUCUUCCUGGCAGACGUGCACACGGCACUCAACGCGCUCAACCUGCUAUUCCAGAAACGUCAUGUUGACCUCACUGCAGUGCACUCCCAAGAAAGGCGGACCAUCAUCUACAUCGAGCAGAGGUACCUGAACUGUGGCCAGCAGUUUGGCGGUGGGACCAGCGAGCUGCUGUCUGCAUUCCUCGCGCGGCACGCCUCGCCCGACUGCCGUGAAGUGACUGUGGAGGGGGUGGACAAGGAGGGUCAGCCCCAAGUAUACAAGUUUCAGCUGCACGAGGAAUCUGUGAAGGGGUACACCACCAGCAGCGGGGACAUGCAAGGAUGUUACACCUGCCGCCGCUCAUUCGCCUGCGAGCUGGUGUACAACCUCGAGCUGCGCUUGGGGGACCUGACGCGCUUGAACGGGGCGAAGCUCUUCAUGCCCCGCUCGUGGCCGAGGGGCGUCGAGGCAAGAGAUGCGGAGUGCAAGGAGCACCUGCACGGCCUCGUGCAUCUCUUUCAGGCCAAGAACCGAGACACCAUCUUGCCUAGCGAGCAGUCAUAG